AUGCGCGCCCAUGAUGAAUGCGUUUCGGGGGACUCCGGACACACCUUGUUGUUUAGUAACUCAUCAACAAUGAGGGCGCUACUCCUCAUCGACGUCAUUUUCGUCAUCAUGGCCGCACCAAUCAGCGCGUGGCAGAGAAUCUGCGGGGAACAGUUGGUUGAGACUGUGUCUAUCGUCUGCAACACGCGGGGCUUCUAUAGUCACAGGGAGAAGCGAGAAGCCGAGCUUUUUCAGGAUGAACGCACCGCGAAAAGUUUCUUGGGAACCCACAUCGGCUCCAGGCAGCGUAGGCGGACGGGCCGGAUCGCCACGGAGUGCUGCGAGAAAGUCUGCAGCUACGACAUCGUGGAGAGUUACUGUAACCCGUGGCCGGUGGUGGAGGAUCGGGACGACCCGAUGCUGGCCCCCGUGGCCCCCGGCCGGGUCCGGCAGGACAAGUCGGCCGACGCCGACCUGUUGCUCCGGCCGGACAUCGCAGAGAUCAGCGAGGACAAGUCGUCGCUGCUUCGGCAGGCGGCGGAGAAGGAUGAGCCGAUCGACGACCUGGACACGCUAGAAAACGAGUACGCGGACGGGGGAAACGUGAUGCUCCAGGCCCGUGAAGGGGUGAAGGAAGAGGGGGCAGAGCUUGGAAAGGAAAUGGAGGAGGGUGGGGAGAAGAUGCCCUUCCCUGAGGUCGUCCCGACGAAGAAGAGGAGGCGAGUGGAGGGUCGGCGGUCGAGGGAGAAUAGCAGGGACAGGAAUGGCAAAUCAGAAGGAAAGAGCAAGAGAAAGAGCGGAAGCAGGGAAGGCGGUCGAUCCUUCCGUCGGAGGGGGAAGAACUCCAGAAGGAAGAAGGGCAGAGACGGACGUGAGAGAAGCAAACGAUGGGAGGCGUUGGUGACCUCUCACCCACCAACAAAAGACAUAGUUGACGCCUUGAGAAGUGCCUUGCGAGCGGCAGGCAGGUCACCAUCACGCGUGGCCGGCAGCUUCGCCCCCGACGAACAGCGCAGCCCUUUGGGCACCCCAGCGGGCUUGCAGCACCGAUCUGGCCUCGACCCGUCGGGCAAGCCCCGCCCAAGCUACCGAGUCACCCAGAAAGACAACCAAUCGACGCUAGAGGCCUUGUACAAUCUGGCAUUGCGGCUGUCCAGGCCACGACGAGGUUGAGAUAAUAGAAACACACCAAGAGUUGGUAAGGACUGGACUUGAAACACAGCGCCCUCUUUUGUUGCGUGGGCGAUUGAACUUAGACCAAGUUGUUGCGUCACUGUUUCAAACAAUGUGCUUUUUGUUGUUGUCGUCCUCGAAUCAAAUGAUUACUGUUUAAUGCGUCCCCUUCACAAACAGUCUAAAAUUGUUAGUGUUGGAUUGUUCGGGGUCGUUCAGGUUCGCCUGAGUGCGGACAAUUAUAUUCUAACAAUAUAUGAAAAUCACAACCAAAAAUGCUGCAACCGAGUACCAGUCUACGGGUGCACAUGCGCACUCAACAAAGCAUGUAUGAUACUCUGUACAAAAACUAUAAAAAAAAAAAAAAUCAACUUCGCACGAAUUUUUAAAAUCCGUCCAAGCUAGUCUAAAUAUAAAGUGCUACUUAUCUUUUCGGUUUAAGUAAUAUUAUGUGUAUUACAAGCAGACGUGCAUGGAUACAUGUACUUAUAUUUUUGUUGCUAUAUUUAUCUCUUCUGCUGUUUUAAUUUGUUUUUCAACUUGUAGUUCAUUAUUAUAAUAAUUGUGGGAGGAGUUUAACACAGAGAGAACAUAUUUGUGACAUCUGUACUUAUAUUUUGAUAAGCGUUGUUUUACGGUACCUGUUAUGUUCAAUAUCACAAUAAGAGCAUUCAGCAUUCAGACUUUUUGUUAGCGAUUUUUCAUGACACAUGUCGAAGUUGAACGUUGGUGGCGCCCUUUUUGAAGAAAUCGAACCCUUGCUUAUUGUGAUCCUCACCCUUUAUGAAGAAUUCUUUUGAACAAUGAAAUCGAGAUGAGAAAAGUUCACUCCUUUUUUGUGUGCAUCUCCUAUGAGGACAGUGAAACUUUUAUCUGUGCAAUACUGUGUGGUACUCUUAAAUUAGUGUUUAUCAAUCUAAUCUAUUUUAAUAUCGAGAUUGAUUUGUUCUUUUUGUGAAUAAAGUACAAAAUGACGGCUUCUCGUAGUGAAUAGCAAGAACAUUUCAACUUAACUGACGGUAGUAUUAGUAAACGAAGAAAUGUAUAAAUAAGCAUAGAAUAAUAUAUAUGGCAAACAAUUAUAUUUUUAUGAUUAUUGCUUAUGGGAUGUUUAAUGUUUCGUCUCGGCACUUGAGUUGUGUAAGUUUUGAUGUUUGUAUGCUAUUUAUCCACCAAGAAGAAAUCCAAAAAGACGCUAGGUACACGAUCAAAGUAUUUCUGUUUUUUAAAGGGAAACAAAAUAUUGAGGAGGAAAACGGUUCCUGUAAUACUGCUGUCUGUUGAAAUGAGAUGCAUUUCUUUAGGCGACUCAUUAGCAAUGAGUGCCAAAUACCGGCUUCAAGAUCCUUAUUUUUUUCUCUCUAAGUUUGUUUGCCGUGAUGUCUUUUGCAGUAGUGACACAGACAGGUAUGGAAAUUGGCCAAGAGAGCCGUCAGUGGGCCUGCAGAGAUUUGCGACAACUGUAAACCAGGAGCCUUUUUUGUUCCAAAGACCCCAUGCGUAUUUACGCGCUGUACUGUCUAUCAUCGAGCUUUGUUUAAUCUUUAAUGAUGUCACCUCGAAGCACUACUUCUGCUAUUUUCCGUUCGAUAAGAACAACCCCGCGUAAAGCAACCCACCAUUUUUAGAAACGGGAUGCUGCUGAAGUGUUUUUUUUCACCGCACAACCUCAUGUCGCAACCCUAGCUGUGUACGGCUCUGACUGGCUUUAAGACGGUGGCUUACGGCGAGAGCAGACCAAAGAAUCUUGCACUCGAAAUCCGCCUGCUCAUUUCUUACCUUUAUCUGCGAAUUAGGAAAUGGGUUCGUCAGUUGCUCGAGAUCAAUGAUUUCAAAGGAGUGGGCAAUGUUUGGUGAGGAGUCGAUUCAUUGUGUGGGAUGAAAAAGUUCAGUUUCCCAAACUGAUUCGAAAAAGCGACUCUGGUUUAGAGGUUGAAAAACAUCAGCAUGAUCAAAAUAUUUUAUAUUUUGUUAAGUUUCCUCUGUAGUUGUGUGCACAGUCAAAACAAGUACAAAAUACUACCUGAGAAAAACUAUGGAUCCUGUAACAUUUUGCAAAGCUGUUUAACUCGGCUUACUGGAAAUAUUUUGAAGUAUAUUGCAGUCAAACUUCAUUUAAAUGUGUAAAUGUUAUACCCUUAACGUCUAUGUACUCUAUCUUAGUCGUAACCAUGUUUAAAUGAAACUGCAAAAUAAAUAUGUUGCCAUCUUGU